GUUUCCACUGGUCUCGUCAGUCGUUCUCGCUCGUUCUCCCUCGACGGUUCGUCGACUGGCCGUGCGACGGCGCUUGCGACAUCCACGAGAACGUCGCGUCGUCCUCUCUCUCUCUCUCUCUCCGUCGUCGGUGGUGGCGAAUCGUGCGCGACGGAAGAGGGUCCUCUCGCGUGCCGGUUGUUGUGUCGUCGUCGACGUACUCGUCGCCGUCAUCGUUGUCGUCAUCAUAUUCGUUAUCGUGCUUCGGCGUCGAUCUCGUCGCGUGCGCAGUGCUCCCGUCUGGUGAGAAUUGGCUCUCGGCCGUGCCGCUGGUUGGUUCGCGCCACGCGAAACUCGAGAGCGAUGGAAAUUCGUACGCGCGUGUCACGUCGCGGUGGUUGUUGCACCGUCGUUAAUCACCGAACGUGGCGCCAUAACGGGGCGCGUUCACCCGCGAUUAGAGUGUGAGAGAGUAGAGGAGUCGAUCGGAGGAUCGCGACCUCCAUCGAUCGGUGAUUCAAGCACAUCGCCGGCUGUUAUUUCUCGAGAGGAGCCAGUGCCGAAGCUGUGUUCGCGCGCGAUUCCUGUCGCUCCUCUUCGCGAUUGUGCUGUGCCGCAGCUCGUGUCGUAACGGGAGAAGCAGGAGGGAAGGAGGAUCGUCAGAAGUGAAGAAAGAUCGUUGUGACGAAGGAAGAUGAUAGUGACAGCGGGCUAGUGGACACAGAUCCAGGUCGAGUUAGCAGCAUGACAGCCAUUAACUCGGGUCCGGUCGGAGAGGUAGGCGGCGUGAGGCUGCCACUGCAGUCACUACAUGGAUACGGAUCUGUGUUCAUGUACUCGGCGUCGACGAGUCCCGGGGGUGGAGGUGGCCAGAGUAGCGGAGGCGGGGGUGAAGUCACUCUCCGCCUCCGCGAACCCGAGGACAUUCCCGAAGAGGUCCUCGCCCGCCUCGAGGACACCGCCACCCUCUCUAUCUCUCUUCAAAGCGAUGCAGUCCUGAGGCUAGGGGCGGCUGGCGCAGGAAAUGGGAACUUAGAGUUGUUUGAUAGUGAGAGCGGGCCGGACCUCACGCUAUCACCUCAAACCUUCACGUCAACGGCGGAGGCCUUCAUCAAUGACAAUAGCGACAGUCUCGGGGUUCCAGGAGACAACGAUACCGGUAGCAGCGAGGAAUCGAGGGCCGGUGGCGGUGAUCCUGGGAAGCUGGGAGUGAAGAAAUCGAGACUGAAGGCCUCCUCGCCGAACAGGCAGGGACCACAGCAGUGUCAGAUCUGCGGGAAGGUGUUCAACAAUGCAUCGGCGCUUACGAAGCACAAACUGACGCAUAGCGACGAGAGGAAAUACGUGUGCACGAUGUGCGGCAAGGCGUUUAAACGGCAGGAUCAUUUGAAUGGACACAUGCUGACACAUCGAAAUAAAAAGCCGUACGAGUGCAAAGCCGAAGGAUGCGGCAAGUCUUAUUGCGACGCGAGGAGCCUGAGGAGGCACACGGAGAAUCAUCAUGCCGGCAGCAAAAUCAAUGACAUCAUCGGUCCUUGCAGCCCCACGACCGGACCUCAUACGCCGAAUACCCCCGGAAGCAAUCCCAGCACACCAAGCACACCUGGUGCAACCUCUACAACGAAUGGUCACGGGCACGCGGCCUUGAAGCAGCUUCUUUCCACCGAACCCGCGCAAACGCAACAGCAAAAGAGCGCCACGUCUCCCGGUGCCAGUAACGAUGGCCUCACGAAACAACAGCUGGAGCUCAUCCAGCAGAUCAUGCAGCAAACGCAACAGCAGACAACCACGCAACAGCAGCAGCAACAGCAACGGACCGCGACUCCCUCGGCAUCGGUAGCCACACAAAUACAAAAGACACAAAAACCGUCCAUCAAAUCCACCGCGUCGUCCGGCAAUAUUUCCAACAAUUCCGCAAGCGGAAACGCGACCAACAGUGCGAGAUCGAGUCCGAAACCGAAGAUGUGGAAUCAUUCGCAUGGCCCUUCUUCCGCAUUAGGCAGCGGAAGUAUUACCGAGCGCACCCAAGAUCCCGUGCACAUGGCUCGUUGGAACUCGCCGCGGUAAUCUUUUGUGCGGCGAAUACACCGCAAAUCGCAUUACGUAUCACGACCAGGACGGAUACCAUCCCGGUACUCGUAAUCUCGUCGACGAGGACUCGUCGAAUAUUAUACGGAAACGCGAAACAGCGAG